AUGACAAAUCUACCAUUGCUUGUAUAUUGCGUCAUUUUGCUGUUUUUUCAUGUGUGUGUAUGUGCAGCACUCGCUCCAAACGAAUGCAGAAGAUCCAAUAGCUCUAGGAGUCGAAGAUCUUUUCUUAUUGGUGGUGGACUUGGAAGUAUAAUUGCAGCUGCAUCCUCAGUAUCACCAUCGUUCGCGGCCGAGACUGUUGGAAAGGACAAAGACUGUAAUGAUCAGUUUUGCAUUGGAGUAUGGGAUGGACUCUUGGCGGAUUGUCCACACGCAAUGUCGUCUGGUUCUGGUUGUACAUCGUCGCAAGAUGAUACACCUGGAAUAUUUGCGGAACCUUGGGACUAUGCCGAGGCACCCAAUAAUACCCUCGACUGGCAGGUGCAAAUGAGACUGUUGGUACCAACCAUCCAACUUGUUUCGGCUCGUCGAGGAGAUGAUGCCCAAAUCCUUGUGCAGCAGGAACGAUAUCUACGAGUGUUGUUUACCGAUGGCAAGACGGGAGAAAAGUCCAUGGGAGAAUUCUACUUUACACCUGACGACACGACGGUUCAGUUUCGAAUCGCUAGUCUUGGAAGCCAAGUGGGUGGACUACUCAGCCGAUCCUUCCGGAAUUUGGAACGAUCCGAACUCAUUCGAAAGGAACUCAAAUAUCUCAAGGUACCAGUAUUACGCAAUCGAAAACGAUCUCUCUUCUUUGUGGAGUCGGAUCUAGACUCAUUUGGACCGGGAAGUGCCGCACUGGGACCUCCCGCUGAAAUGAAAACGGGUGAAUUGGAAGGUCGGGGAUCAGAUAAUGUCGAUCCAAAGUUGAAGAUUGAUUUCCUACAGCAAUUUCCAAAGAGUUUCUGA